UCCCUCCCAUUCUCUCUCCUCCUCUCUGUACCGCAUUUCUCAAACCCCACCUCUCUCUCUCUUUACUCUUUCUACUUAUAAAGUUAUAAACUUAACCCCAUCAAAAAUAAAUACCCAUUUUAUUUCAGAAAUCAUACCAAAUUUUUUAAAAAAAAAUCCAUUUUUUUAAAAUAAAUAAAUAAAAAAGCAAUGCGUUUGUUUUUGAAUUUGAGCAUUGCUGCUCUGUUAUUCACCAUUGUUAUUGCUGAAGAUCCUUACAGAUUUUUCAACUGGAAUAUCACUUAUGGUGAUAUUUACCCUCUUGGUGUUCGUCAACAGGGUAUUUUGAUUAAUGGGCAGUUUCCUGGACCAGAUAUUCAUUCAGUAACUAAUGAUAAUCUCAUUAUCAAUGUUUUCAAUAGUCUGGAUGUUCCAUUCCUUCUUUCAUGGAAUGGAAUUCAGAACAGGAGGAAUUCCUUCGAAGACGGUGUAUAUGGAACAACUUGCCCAAUUCCUCCAGGCAAGAACUUCACUUACAUUCUCCAAGUCAAGGAUCAAAUUGGUAGUUUCUACUACUUCCCUUCUCUUGGAUUCCAUAAGGCUGCUGGUGCUUUUGGAGGUAUUAGGAUCCUUAGCAGACCGAGGAUUCCUGUUCCAUUCCCUGACCCUGCCGGUGACUACACAGUUCUUAUCGGAGACUGGUACAAGUCUAACCACACCGAUUUGCAGAAGACCCUUGACAAUGGACACAAGCUGCCUAACCCAGAUGGAAUCCUAAUCAAUGGGCGCGGUAGUGGUGCCACAAUCAAUGUUGAACAAGGGAAGACAUACAGACUCAGAAUCUCCAAUGUCGGCCUGCAAAACUCACUCAACUUCCGUAUUCAAGGCCACAAGAUGAAGCUUGUGGAAGUUGAAGGAACCCACACCCUCCAAACCUCCUUCUCCUCACUUGAUGUCCACGUGGGACAGUCCUACUCGGUGCUCAUCACUGCUGAUCAGCCCCCAAGGGACUACUACAUUGUAGCUUCAUCCCGUUUCACCAAUCCUGUGCUUACUACAACCGGUUUCCUUCGUUACUCCAACUCCGGAGGCUCAGUCCAAGGUCCAAUCCCUGGUGGACCCACAAUCCAGAUUGACUGGUCCCUAAAUCAAGCCCGUUCUGUCCGGACCAAUCUUACUGCAAGUGGACCAAGGCCCAACCCACAAGGGUCUUACCACUAUGGUAUGAUCAACACUACUAGGACUAUUAGGUUGCAGAACUCUGCAGGCCAAGUAAAUGGUAAGCAGAGGUAUGCUGUUAACAGUGUGUCAUUCAUCCCUGCUGACACUCCCCUUAAGCUCGCCGAUUACUUUAAGAUUGGAGGAGUUUUCACUGUGGGUAGCAUCCCCUACAACCCCACUGGCUCAGGGAUCUACCUUGCCACCUCUGUCAUGGGUGCUGACUAUCGAUCCUUCAUUGAGAUUGUUUUUGAGAACAAUGAAGAUGUAGUUCAGAGCUGGCAUUUAGAUGGUUACAGCUUCUUCGUUGUUGGAUUGGAUGGUGGUACCUGGUCACCAGCCAGCAGAAACCAGUACAAUCUUCGUGAUGCACCUUUCCGUUGUACCACACAAGUGUAUCCUAAGUCAUGGACUGCAAUCUAUUUGGCAUUGGACAAUGUGGGUAUGUGGAACUUAAGGUCAGAAUUUUGGGCGCGACAGUACUUGGGACAACAAUUCUACCUCCGUGUCUAUACACCAUCAACAUCCCUAAGGGAUGAAUACCCCAUUCCCAAGAAUGCUCGUACCUGUGGAAGAGCAGCAGGCAGGCGCACAAGGCCUAUUGCUUAAGCAGUUAAGCUAGCUAGUUAAGUGAGUUUGGUAACUUAUUUCAUAUAUAAUUUUGUUGAGAUGGAGCAAAUAGAUAAGCAAAGCUCUUGCUUUGAUUUGCAUUAGAUUCUUUCAGGUGCUAAAUUAGCACUAGUUAGUCCCACGAUGAGGCCUGUAUUAUUAGUACGUACAAUUGUGUUGAUACGACCUCCUCUCAAGGUCGCAUUCUUUAAAAGUUAAUAAUAUUGUUCUUCAGAUA